AUAGACCAGACAAACGGAUGGUUUCAUAGGAGUACUUUUCAUUAAGGAAGAGUGGUAGCUGGCAGGUUGAAGAUCAGAUCAGAUCAUAUCCCCAGAUCCUCCACGACUACGAUUUGGAAACAGAGGUGGAUGAUGGAAGAAAGUAACAAUGAUGUUGUGGUGAGGAUAUGGGAGGUGAACAAGGAACGCUUAGCACGUAUGCAGCAGAAAAUCUCGGAGGAGCCACGAUUACUGCGCAAAAGCGCAGGCAGAAGCUCAUGUUGCAUCUUCAGAGUGCCUCGAACACUAGUUGAGAUCAACAGUCGCUCUUAUCAACCUCAUAUAAUCUCCAUAGGUCCAUAUCACAGGGGUGAGCCUCGUCUCAAAAUGAUCGAGGAGCACAAGUGGUUGUACUUGGGCUCCUUGAUUGCUAGAACGCAGCGUCAUGGAUUGGGCUUACAGGACUACUUGAGAGCCCUACAGCCAUUGGAGAUGAAAGCUAGAGAGUGUUAUUCGGAGAUAAUCCACCUUGACACCCACGACUUCUUAGAGAUGCUGGUCCUGGAUGGUUGCUUCAUAAUUGACUUCUUUCGUAAAAUUGGAAAAAUGCAUCCCUUUGAGCCAGAUGACCCUUUGGUCUCCAUGUCAUGGGUGUUCUCCUUUUUCUUGAGGGAUCUUCUUCUGCUGGAGAAUCAGCUUCCUUUCUUUGUUCUCCAGCGCCUGUUUGAUCUCACAAAAAUGCCAGGAGAGGAGUCAGGCCCUUCCUUGGCUAGCCUUGUUUUGGGAUUCUUCAACAACACACUGCAAAGGCCAGAUGAGAUCCUCCAAAAGCAUUGCAACCUCAAAGGCAAGCACUUUCUCGACUUACUUCGGUUAAGCUUCAUCCCUGAGGAACAAGAGCUAGGAACCCACGACCAUAGACCCACCCACUUGAUCCAGUGCGUGUCAAAGCUUCGUAAAGCAGGAAUCAAGCUCAAGUCCGGAAAGGCCGAUAGUUUCUUGACUGUAAAAUUCAGGAAUGGAGUGAUGGAGAUGCCACCUGUAACCAUAGAUGAUUUCCUGACCUGUUUCUUCCAAAACUGCGUAGCCUUCGAGCUAUGCCACAAGGACUGCACCAAGCACAUCACCACCUACGCUACUUUGUUGGAUUGCCUAAUCAACACAUCUAAAGAUGUGGGGUAUCUCUGCGACCGUAACAUUCUUGAGAAUUAUUUUGGAACCGAUGCAGAAGUUGCUCGAUUCAUCAAUAAUUUAGGCAAGGACGUGACUUUUGAUCCAGACAACUGUUAUCUUUCCAAAUUAUUCAACGACGUGAACGAGUAUUAUUGCAAUGGUUGGCAUGUUCAGUUAGCGGACAUGAAGUACACAUAUUUCGACACUCCUUGGUCAUUCAUAUCAGCCUUUGCUGCUUUCAUUCUCCUCCUCCUCACAAUAGUCCAAACCUUCUACACCGUUUAUCCUUAUUUUCGUCCUCCAUGAUCGUCGGCUUCAUCAUCCAUGUGAGUAUCAUCUAUACCAUGCUACUCAUUUCUAUUCUUAACUAAUAAAAAUAUCCUUUCAGAGAUCAUAGAUCCAAGUAUGUAGAGGUCUUUCCAGGUUUUCCUAUUCAGCAUCACAGAUUCUAGGUUUUCUUUUUUUCUUCUAUAAUUGGUGAUAAGUUAGAUGAAUGGUUAGUCAAAUGGAAGCAUCUUGAAUGAAAGCUCAAGCUAACGUUCCUUAUACAACCAACGUUCUUGUUUGGAA